AUGGAUGAGCAAAACAUGGAUGUGCCGUUUCCGCCGGCGCUCAUUGAGCUGUACCAGAGAACAUGGCCGACACCUGUGGCGAUGUUAUUACCAUCCAAACUGCUAGUUGCCAUUACGACCGUGUUGACAGUGUUCCUACUCAGCAUCGAAUCGAAUAAGAGCAUUCUCGUGAUCACUGGAAUAUUCGGCGUCGUCGCAUUGUUCGAAUUUUUGGGAAUCGCCAUAUUCUCGCUGUUUCUGCUGUCGCGAGAAGGCCGCAGAUAUCUCAACUUUUUAAUUUUGGCCGUUGAGUCUCAAACUAAUAUGCAUUUGUAUAAUUUCACCUUACAAGGCCAGACGGCAAUCAAUCAAUCCGUCCAUGGCAAUUUCUCCGGAAUUCCAAAAAGCCAGGAGAUUGUUCUUGGUCGGGGAUCUGCCAUAGAACUAGUGCAGAUUGAUAGUAUUAGUGGAAAAUUGAAGACGCUUGCACAUAUCGAGAUAUUUGGUGUCAUUCGCUCACUUCUCGCGUUCAGAUUAACAGGAGGAACGAAGGAUUAUGUGGCGAUCGGCUCGGAUUCCGGCAGAAUUGUGAUUCUAGAAUAUAAACCAGAAAAGAGCGCAUUUGAAAGAAUCCAUCAGGAAACGUAUGGCAAAACUGGAUGCCGCAGAAUUGUGCCUGGACAUUAUUUGGCCAUCGAUCCCAAAGGGCGUGCUAUAAUGAUCGGAGCUGCAGAAAGGCAGAAACUUGUUUAUAUCAUGAAUCGAGACGCUGAAGCUCAUUUGACGAUCUCUUCGCCAUUAGAAGCACAUAAACAAUACACAUUGUGCUACGCGAUUGUGGGAAUUGACGUGGGCUAUGAGAAUCCAACAUUCGCAUGCCUUGAAUAUGAUUAUGAGGAUUGCGACAAUGAUCCAACCGGUGAAGCGUUAAAGAAAACGCAGCAAACGUUGACAUUCUAUGAAUUGGAUCUUGGUUUGAAUCAUGUCGUCCGAAAAUACGCUGAACCGCUAUCGGAGCCCGGAAACUUGCUCAUUUCAGUUCCCGGUGGAAAUGAGGGACCAUCUGGGGUGAUUGUGUGUUGUGAGAACUACCUCGUCUAUAAGAAUCUUGGAGAUCAGCCCGACAUCAAAUGUCCAAUUCCAAGGCGAAGAAAUGAUUUGGAUGAUCCUGACCGUACAUUGAUGAUCAUUUGCCAAGCAACGCAUAAAACGAAAUCCAUGUACUUUUUCCUUGUGCAAACUGAACAAGGCGACAUUUUCAAAGUAACACUGGAGACCGACGAUGAUCUCGUCACUGAGAUGAAAAUGAAGUAUUUCGACACUGUGCCGCCAGCGAAUUCCAUGUGCAUUUUAAAAAGCGGUUUCUUGUUUAUCGCCGCGGAAUUUGGAAAUCACGAAUUGUACCAAAUUUCGAAUCUUGGCGACGACGAGGAAGACGAAUUCUCGUCUAGAAUGCAACUAGAAGACGGCGAGACGUUCUUCUACGGCGUUCGCGAAUUGAAAUCCUUGAUUCAUGUCGAUUCUAUUGAUAGUUUGAGCCCUCUCACUGAUGCGAUUAUUGGGGAUGUUGCUCAUGAAGAUGCUGCACAAGUCUACGCCCUUGUGGGCCGAGGACCACGCUCGAAGCUCAAAAUCCUUCGAAACGGCCUUGAAGUCACUGAAAUGGCGGUUUCGGAUCUUCCUGGAGUUCCCAGCGCUGUUUGGACUGUUAAGAAGAACGUUGAUGACAAGAAUGAUUCAUAUAUCGUGGUUUCAUUCGUUAGUGCGACUCUUGUUCUCACCAUUGGCGAUACCGUCGAAGAAGCGCAAGAUUCGGGAUUUCUGGGAACGACGACGACACUGGGUUGCGGUCUGAUUGGCGACGAUUCGCUGCUGCAGAUUUACUCGGAAGGAAUCCGGCACAUUCGCGCCGACAAACGUGUGAAUGAAUGGAAAACACCGCCAAAGAGGGAAAUAAAGAAAUGUGCCAUGAACAGACGACAAGUCGCGAUUGCAAUGACUGGUGGUGAAGUUGUCUAUUUCGAGUUGGAUUUGAAUGGAACGUUGAACGAGUUCACCGAGCGAAAAUUGUUCAACGCCGAGGUCGCUUGUAUGUCAUUCAGCGAGAUUUCCGAAGGCGAGCUCAAUUCUCGAUUCCUCGCCAUUGGAACCAUCGACAAUGCGGUUCGCAUUAUCUCGCUUGAUCCGAAUGAUAUGCUCAUGCCAUUGAGUACUCAAAAUUUGCCGUGUGCUCCCGAAUCGUUGCUUCUUGUUGAUACACCGAAUGAGGAUGGAAAAGGUCUUCCAACGAUUCAUUUGAAUAUUGGAUUGCAGAAUGGUUGCCUGUUCCGUAAUACGGUUGAUAAUGUUACUGGCGCUAUCAUGGACACUAGAACGCGAUAUCUUGGAACUAGACCGGUCAAGCUUUUCAAAAUGAUUAAUCAAGGAAAAACUGCGAUUUUGUGCACUUCAUCUCGCCCGUGGCUCCUUUAUCAUUUCCAAAGAAGAUUCCAUUUGACGCCGUUGAGUUAUGUGCAUUUGGAGUACGCGGCCAGCUUUUGUUCCGAUCAAUGUCCCGAAGGUCUUGUGGCGAUCAGUGAGAGCACAUUGAGAAUUUUGGCCACUGAAAAACUUGGAGUUUCGUUUAAUGUGCAAUCAUUCAACCAUAAGCUGACGCCGAGAAAGGCGGUUGUUCAUCCGAAUGCGCCAGCAAUCAUCACCAUUGAAUGCGAUCACGCAGCUUAUACGGAAACGACGAAAAAUAUGAAGAGAAAUGAAAUGGCUGAGGAUAUCGAACGUUUGGCAAACGAUCAGGAAGAGAUUGAAUUGGCGAAGGAGAUUGCUGAUGGUUUGAGGAACACGAUACCCGAUGAGACGAUCUAUGGUGCGCCGAAAGCGGCGAAAGGCAAAUGGGCGUCGGCGGUGACGUUGCGGAAUGUGAAGAGCGGCGAGGUGAUGUCGUACUUUGAGUUGCCGCAGGAUGAGAGCGCCAAAUGCAUUGCUCUUGUGCAAUUCGCUAGACAUCCCGAAUCAACGAUGAUUCUUGUUGGAUGCGGUGUCAAUGAGAACCUUCAUCCAUAUCAGGCGCCGCCGAAUCCGUUGCGACCACUUCGUGGAUGUGUGUACACCUUCCUUUUGUCGCCGGGUGGCGAGAGAUUCGAUUUUUGGCAUCGAACCGAAACACCAUUGCCGGUUGGAGCGAUUCACGAUUUCCGAGGGAUGGCGCUGAUCGGAUUUGGCAAAUAUUUGAGAAUGUACGAUAUUGGACAGAAAAAACUUCUCGCCAAAUGUGAAAACAAGGUGCGUCUUUCGUUGCGGGACCCAAUUCGAUUCGUUUCAUUUGUAUUUGUGGGGAUGGUGAACGAGUAG